UUCAGUCGUAUCGAACGUCUCGUUGCAAGUCGAAGACAACUUUUACUUCUUCGACUAAGUCAGUUAUCGAACGAUUGUACUAGAGAAACAAGUUAAGCUCCACCCUGGACGUUUGAUUUGGAAAAAUCAAGCAUCGAGAAACUCAUCUCGUCGUUCGAUUCAUCCACACAUUCCCGAGGCUUAGUAAAAAAUCUCGUGGCGGUGGCGAAGACUAAAAAAACACGAGCGAUAUCGGUAUCGUCGGCCUGCUAGAAAAAACUAAAUUAAUUAGCGGUUACGCGGUUAACGACGUCCGUCAACCGGACCGCAGUCUCCAUAAUUAGAUAAGGCCAAAUUAUCUCGUUUUUUCGUGUCAAAUUUGUCGCGCUAAUUUACCCAAACGAAUUUUUUCGUAGCAAAGAGGUUCGGAUCGAAUUUAGGCACGAAAUAACCGGUCGCCCCGUACAAACGUAAAUAAAUGUUGGAGGGGAUUGGAAUCUCGAUUCUCUUCCUCUCACGUUUGCCGUGGAAGUAGAGUUGCCUAUAAAUGCAAGAGCAGAACGGAAGCCAACUUGCUCACAAAUUCGACGUUCGAUCGCGUCGACAUCGAGAUUGACUGAAUAACGUACGAAAAAAUCAACAAACCUAAAGAAACAUCCAACAUGUUUGCGGCCGAAGUUUAUCUCCUUUGUGCCACGGCCUUUGUCCUCGCUGACGCUCAGUUCAACAAUAAUAAUUUCUACGCGGAAAAACCCGGCUCUUGCCCGCCACCUUUGUUUGUUGACACUUGCACUCGCUCGUGCUACGUCGACGGUCACUGCCAGGGCAUUGCCAAGUGCUGCCCAACCAGUUGCGGCGGAACUGUUUGCUCGAGACCGGUUACCAUGCGAAACGAAGCAAGACUUGAAAAACCUGGAUCGUGUCCCUCGGUCCCGACUGGAAGAUGGGUGUGUUCGUCGACUUGCAGUUUCGACAGUGAUUGCCGAGGCACGAACAAGUGUUGUAAGAACCGUUGCGGUGCGUUCGCGUGUCAGAAACCUUCGGUCGAAGUGAUCGAAUCGAUCGAGAUUCCUUACAAUCCGCAACCAGAAAUAUCCCCAAACGACGUGCCGAACGGCAACAACAAUCCCUUUGUAGUUUUUACCAACUAAUUUGAAAAAUGCUCAAUGCUAAUUUUCUGUACGAAGUUUUGUUGACGGGCGUCACAUCUGUCAUGACAUGAAAAUCAUGCGCCCAAAAUAAGUAUAGUUUUGAAUUCUAAAAAAUAAGAUCGAUGAUGUGACACGGUCGCUAGCGAUUACAGCGCGUGCUCGUCAGUCCAAACGAAUGAAAAUCCAGCGUCAUUUUCUUACGCGUAUUUAAAGAAUAAUUGCUCAUCGUACAAAAGCGAGCGUGUAUCAGCAGGAUUUCAGUGAAACUCUGCUUUGCAGCGAGCGAUCGUUAAAUUGUUAUGAUUUUAAUCAUUCCUUUUGUCUAACCGGACACACAAUAUACGUUUUUAUGUACAGUUACAUAAAGUUUCAACUUAAAUGAUGAAUGUACUUCAACGAGGACGAGAAUAUCAAUAAAUAAGAACAAAAAAUGCUCAAAAUUCUAAAAA